AUGGCUCCAAAACGAAAGCGAGACAUUCUUCAGGACUUCGACCCUAACAAAUCGGACUCUGGGGAUGAGAAUUUCGAGCCUGAGGCGGAUCGUCCGCCGCGUUCGCGGAAGAAGUCGCGCCCCGCUAAGAGCAGCAAGCCUUCGGCCCGCCGACACCACAAAUAUAGAGGAUCUGAUAUCGAGGUGGACGAGGAUGAUAUCUCGGAUAGUGGUCAGGGAGAAUCAUUCCACGAAGAUGAUAGUGAAGACGAGGACGAAGAACUCCCCAUCAACCAGGCCACAGGUCGUCGGGUGAGAAAGGCUGCCGCGCGUCGGGCUACCUACAAGGAAAGCUCCGAAGAUGAAGACGCCGACUUGGGUGAAGCCUCGGAUGACAAGGAUGAGCUAGUUGAUAAUACGCCGCAGCAACCACCGCGCCAAAGCAAAAUCAUCAAGCUGAAGAUUCCACCAGCCUCGCUGCGCAAGACGCGAACAGGAUCCAUCGCAAAUGCUCAUAUCGGAACCAGAAGAUCCACCCGCGCCCGUACAGCCGACGCAGAAGAGGACGAGGACGUUGAGCUAGUGGAGCUCUCGAAUUCUGGAAGGCACGCAAAGCCUGCUCAGAGCUCCAAAAGCAAAAGCCCAGAAACUUCGUCUCGAGGUAGGGCGAGCCGGGCCGGCAAAGGUCCCAAUAAAUCACCUCCCCCGCCCAUCGAGGAGGAAGACGAGUCUCCGGGUAAAAAGGGCGACCAAGACCUUGGCGAGCAGGAUAUAAUGGAUAUCGAAAACCCUCAAGACCCUGUUGACGAAGCGAGUAAGGAUGCCGCCGGUGGUAAUGCCGGCGAAGAUGAGCCAAUGGAUACAGUUGAGACCGACGAAGAUGGCGAUGAUGAUGAGGAUGAUGUGCCCAUCACUCGCCGAACACGCGGAAGGGCUGCGGCGGUCGACCAUGACGCUGAUUUGCAUGCCGAUGCUGAUGCCGAUGCAGACGGCGAUGCUGUUGCCGAUGAUGCCAUCUCCGGGAACAAGACUGCUGGUGCCCGUCGCCGGCUUACGCGCAAGUCUCGACUCAACAAAUCGCUUCAAGAACCUAGCAGUGACUUCGAGCCUGGAAAUGAGUCUGAGGACGAGAACGAGUCUGUUUCAGGCGAUAAUCGAGACGAGGCCGCUGGCGAUGACGAAGACUACUCUAGCCCAAGCGGUCGCGGUCGUGGCAGGAAGUCAUCCAGAGGAAAGGGCAAAAGAUCCGCAAGAAGAUCUCGGCAUCAUUCAGAAUCCGGAGACGAGCCGCCCGACCCGGAAGAAGUGGGCGAUGAGCUUGAAGAUCUUAGACCGUCGCGGCAGCCACGUCGCCGUGCCUCCACGCCUCCGGUCUUGUUCGAAGAGACGCGAAAGCGGAGAGUAGUCAAGAAGGUUGAUUACACCAUUCCUCAGAUCAACGGAGGCCCUUACGAGGUCGAAGAUGAUGAAGCUCCUCAAGCGUCGACUCCAGCUCGCCGCCGUGGACGUGCAGCUGCGACCGCUUACUCGAGUCGCACUCUCCACACCGCAGCUGGUCCAUUCGGUGGCAUCUCUGGUGAUGGAGCCCUUUUCACCGGCCCCUGGGGCAACGGCUCUGCUGCUGCUGCCGCCGGUAAUGCAGACUCCGACGACAGCGAUGACGAACUGGGUGCACGGUCAGGCGCUGCCGGUACCUCGACAGGGGCUACCCACGGGCUGCUAGGAGCCGCCGCUCAACACGCCGCUGCCGAUGGGUUUGGCAGGGGACUUGCUGGCGCGGCACCCAACGUGGGCAAGAUGAAAGACCAUAAGGCUCUUGCCGAUGCGGAUCCUCUGGGUGUUGACCUGAGUGUCGACUUCAGCCAGGUUGGAGGUAUGGCGGAACAUAUCGACCAGCUCAAGGAGAUGGUCCAGUUGCCCCUCUUAUAUCCCGAACUGUUCGCCAGGUUCCACGUGACCCCACCCAGAGGCGUCCUGUUCCACGGCCCCCCUGGAACAGGAAAAACACUCCUUGCUCGCGCUCUCGCAAACUCCGUUGGAAUUGGGGGUAGGAAGAUAACAUUCUACAUGCGCAAGGGUGCCGAUGCCCUCAGCAAAUGGGUGGGCGAGGCUGAGAAGCAACUUCGUCUGCUUUUCGAGGAAGCCAGAAGAACUCAGCCAAGUAUCAUCUUCUUCGAUGAGAUUGACGGUCUCGCACCUGUUCGGUCCAGUAAGCAGGAACAGAUCCAUGCAUCCAUCGUUUCGACCUUGCUAGCCCUGAUGGACGGGAUGGAUGGACGCGGCCAAGUCAUCGUCAUCGGUGCUACAAAUCGGCCAGAUAACAUUGAUCCAGCUCUUCGUCGCCCUGGACGUUUCGACCGGGAAUUCUACUUUCCGCUUCCCGAUGUUGACGCCCGCAAAUCAAUCAUCGACAUCCAUACUAAGGACUGGGGUCUCUCUGACGAAUUCAAGAAAGCACUCGCCAAGGACGCCAAGGGCUUUGGCGGUGCUGAUCUCCGUGCCAUGUGCACCGAGGCAGCCAUCAACUCAAUCCAGAGAACUUAUCCACAGAUCUACUCCUCCAAGGACAAACUCGUUGUAGAUCCCGAAAAGGUCACAGUACAAAUGACUGACUUUAUCCUGUCAAGAAAGAAGAUCAUCCCAUCGUCUGAGCGAUCUUCGACAUCGGGGGCGUCACCGCUUCCCAAGUCCAUUGAACCGCUUCUGAGGGCUCAGUUCAAACAUUUCACGACGCUUUUGGACAACGCGUUACCGCGAAAGAAGACUGCGACUGCGCUAGAGGAGGCCAUGUAUGAGCCUUACCAAGAUCAAGACUACGGCUUUGAGCGAGAAGCGCUUCGCCAGGAAUUUGAAGCCUCCCGCGUCUUUCGGCCACGACUACUUAUCUGUGGUUUACCCGGCAUGGGUCACGCGUAUAUCAUUGCUGGUAUCCUGCACUACCUGGAAGGAGUCCACGUUCAGAACUUCGAUCUGCCCACCGUCCUUGGUGAUGUGCGGCCUGCCGAACAAGUCUUGGUAGGACUCUUCACUGAAGUCAAGCGCCAAAUGCCCAGUGUCAUAUUCAUUCCCAAUGUUGAUACUUGGUAUCAGACAUUAAAUGGGCCGGCAAUGACUGCGUUCCUGGGAAUGUUGAGGUCAAUUCGAUCAACCGAGCCCAUUAUGGUGCUAGGCACAGCAGAGGUUGAGUCCAAAAGCAUUGAUCCAGACUUGGCACGCGAUCUCUUCGGCUAUUCCAGUAAGAAUACUGCCGAGAUUGAUCGUCCAGCGAACCGUGAAGAGUACUUUUCGAGAGUAAUCUCGCACAUCAGAAGAUUCCCCAAAGACUUUCCUGAUCCUGCGGAGCGGAAGAAGAGAGUCUUGGAGGUGCUCCCUGUUGCUCCGCCUCCUGCACCGAAGGUACUGACGAAGGAGGAAAUAAACGCGGAGAGAAUCCGGUAUCGGCAACUCUUGAACCUUAUGAAGGUGCAUUUGCAGCCCAUUAUGGAUCAGAUCUCCAAAAAGUACCAGAAGUUUCGGCAGCCUGUCAUCCCCGAGUCUCAAUACCAGUAUUUGCUAGACGAAGCAGAGCCCAACUUCGUCAGACCAGACGUGGCAGAUGCCCCACAGCGUCCAUUUGAGAUCGCCAAGGACGACGAGGGUACCUACGGUAUUCGUUCCUCAGAGACGGGCAAGUUCUUCUAUAAUCUAGAAGUGGGCACGAUGGAGACAAGACUUGCCAACGGUUAUUACACUCGACCGUUCGAAUUCCUCAAGGACGUUCGGGCUCUAGAGAAGGAUGCCGGAAACAUUGGCGACCGGGCCCGUUGGCUCAAGGCCAGUGAACUUUUGGCUAAUGUCGAAGUUGAUGUUACGGACAUCGACGAAAAGUUCAGAGCGAUGGAUAUCGACUGGGAGCGGCUCUAUCAGGUUGACCAGGCGCGUAAGGCUCAGAAAACAGAGCGCGCUCGCAAAAGGAAGGCGAUGCAGUCAGUCGUGGUCCAGUCUGACACUGGCAACGGUGAAGGCCCCUCGCAGAAAGGUCUGCACACGACAACCGCCCAGUUCCAGGUCAUUGGAGACCUCGCGAACGGCACAGGAGCGGACUCGUCAGCACAUGCCGACACCAAUGGGACAUCUGUCCCAUCUCGAGCCCCGGGUGAGGAUUAUCCAAUGACUGAUGUUGAUAAGUCACCAAUGCAGCCACCUUCGCAAUGGCCCCCCAUGCAGCCACGGUCUCUAGACACGUCCACUAGAGCCACCACUGGCGGCUCGAUCCCGAUAUCGCAGGUAUCGGCUGUGCAACCACUCCCGCUAGGGGUGUCUCCAUCGGCAUUGCUAAACGACGCAUCAACCACCAAGACCUCAGAUCCUUCCAAUCGCUCCUCCAACUUUAGCACGCAGGCCACCAACGGUGUCCACCAUGAUCAGUCCAGCCCCGUUGAGAACAUUCCCGAUACCCAGCCGAUUCCUGGUGCCAGUCAAACGACGUCGAGCGACGAGCAGUGGCCUCACUCUCAGGCCCAUGGCAUCAUGCGGGGAUAUAUACAACAGCCUGGGCUUUCACAUAGCUCGCACAGUCAGGCUUCCCCAGCUGGUGCCAGAUCGUCACAUGCACCUAGCAUGGCGAACUUGCUGAAUGACCCGACCCCAGACGAGCAGUCGCAGUCCCAGCGCCUUUCGCAGCAGGUCGAGCUGGAUGACACUUCGGCCGACUUGCUUUUGGAUGCGCUCACCAAGCGUACCUCCGGCUGCACGAUUGAGCAGCUUGAGCAGAUCAACCGCGAGUUGAUGUCGGAGAUCUGGCGAAGUAGAGGAGAGCAUAACAGGAUGAAGGUGCUCUCUUCUGUAACUCGCGUCUUCAACGAGGUUAUCGAAGACAUCCAGCUGGUGCAACGGGUUUUACAGCAGAGCCAGUAA